AUGGCAGUGCCUGAGUUAAAGCUAAAACUAUUGUGUCAUCCAAGAGUUGACACAAAAUCUCGUGUAUCCGAUGAUGUACUUUUGCACCCUUGCGACAAUCACGGAAUUUUACCUGGUAAUGUAAUUGAAUUAAAGCACCCAGAUGUUCCUCAGCCUACGCUUUUCCUUGUAAAAUCAUUGCGUGAAGAUUUUCAACACAGAGAUGCUAUCAGUAUUGAACAAUCACUUGCUCAAUCGCUAAAAUUGCAACCCUACAAAACAGUUUCCGUGCGUGUAGUCUUUAAGGAGAAAAAUACAAUUGUUCAGCGCAAUACGAUGGUAGAGUUUGGUGUUAUGAGGGGUUAUGUUGGUGAAUUGUGGCGCAACGGGGAAUUACUGUCCUGUGGAUAUAUCUCUGAUCGAACGAAAAUAAUUUUCCGCUCUUCUUCAGCCACAUACCAUAUAUUUAUCCAAAUGAGCAAAGAGAUGUGGAACUUUGACGAAUUUGGUGACUUACUAUUCGAAAAGAGCAUUAAGUUUCUUCGUGAAUUAGUAUUGAAAUCAUGGAUGAAUUCUUUUUGCACUCAUGAUGUCACCUUGGUCCUUGCCACACGGGCUUUCAUUAGUGCUCCGGCCAUUGAAAUUCCAGCAAAAAGUAUCUUUUCGAGAAAUUCAGAUGGUCAAAUUUAUGCGGAUUUCUAUAAGCAAGUUUUGUUUUCCUUUUAUUUAUAUUUUGUUAUUUUGCAAACGGAGAGGUACUCUCAUGAGGAAUGGAAAAGGAGUUUUUCUCAACUUAUGUUGGCUUUUAAGCGCUAUCAAAGUGAUAUAAGAGACUUUUUACUAAAAUAUCUUCCCGGAGUAAUAGAUCCCUCACAUGUCUCUAUUCGUUUGUCAUCUUCAAGAGAAACAAAUCUUCUAGAAAGCCUGAACUUGGUUCUCUCUGACUAUGAAUGCUAUAACGUGGACCGAAAAUUUGAUCAGACAGGAAAAGCCUGCAUUAUGAUCUCCUCGGGUUGUGGAGUAUUUGAUGCCAGCCGCGAUAUGGUUUCUUUUACCAAACAAAGGACUUUAGAUCUCGGUGUCACCGUUGAUUUGGUCUGCUUGGGUCAUCAGCCUCUACAUGCUGUUCCCCUCUUUAUUUGUAGAGAUUUUGAAAAUCCUGAAAGUCCGGAGGUGUGUAUUGUACCGCAUUGGUUGAAUCACUCAUACUUCCGUUCCUCUCGUGAAAUUUAUGCCUUAAAUCACACGGAAACCGUAACUAGGAUCAAUGUGAAGGCCAUGAGAAUUGCCAGUCCUCAACAUUCAGUGAAAACGGAUGAAGAUCAAAUAGUAGGCCGUAAUGAACCACAUCUCCCAUUGUAUCAUCGCCUACGAAGGCAGACUAUUACUUCAGUGAUUUUACCAGAUCAGAUUGAAAGUUCACGCCAACGUACCCUAUCUUUUAAUGACGGCUUGCUCAUUCAAAGCUCCGUGGUUAUGGUUGAAAGACCAAUGGAAGGAGCUAUUAGUGCCUCUGAGAUUGGAAGCUAUGACAGCGUAUCUUCAACUCAUGUAGGAUGGAAUAUAACAGCUAAUCUGCGAUCACGAACACAAAGCAGCCUUUGCAGUGAACAGCAUAGCCCAUUCUCUGGAAACGUCGCUGGUGUUGAUUUAUUAUCUGAGAAGCCCUCUUGGAUGAAUCUUUAUGGUCAUUCUGAUGUCGAAUCCACUUAUUCAAACGCAUUUUUCUCACGUAAUAUUCCAACUUUGGCAGAAGGUCCAUUCCGUCGGAGAAAUCAGGUAGUCCGGCAUAAGGAUCUCUCAUGCUCCUGUCAAAGUGGUUGCGGUAGCGGUGGAGAAGCGAAUUUGCCGCAUCGUAGUCUUGUUUCUCAUCCUGGAAAAACUGUGAUUGAGUGCCCAUCGUCUAUUGGAGUCGCUGCUGAGUGUUCUGCCUCGUCAUGGCAACCCGCCUGUGGUGGUGAAGGAGUAGCACGACAUCUGCCUCUAGCUUCCAGUCGAAGAUCCACAACUAAAAAGUCUUCUUUUCGGGUUAAAUCGACCGCUGCAGCAAUCAUGGGAGCAGCUUUCCGAACUUUCCCUUUUGGCAUUCAUCCCCAGAUCUUUGGUUUGAAUAAAACUGUUAGUCAACGCAGAUUGGCCUACUUACAUACUGCGGUCCAAAGAAUGCAUCUGAUUAAGUAUGGGAAAACACAAUGCAUGCAACUUCUCGAGGGCCUACGACCAAAGAUUAACUUAGCCAAGGUUUAUUUGCCUUUAUUUCUUUUUUUUUUCUACAUCUUCCCUCAUCCAGUCGUGUUGAGAGUACAUAGGGUACAUAGGUUACUUUCCAAUUUUUUUAUAAACGCCUGCACACUAUUCUUUAGAGGAAUAAGCUGA